AUGGCGACGCUCUCCGUCCCCGCCGCCGUCCCGGCCGUCGCCGAGGACUGCGAGCAGCUGCGCAAGGCGUUCGCGGGGUGGGGCACCAAUGAGCGCCUCAUCGUCUCCAUCCUGGCGCACCGCGACGCCGCGCAGCGCCGCGCCAUCCGCCGCGCCUACGCCGAGGCCUACGGCGAGGAGCUGCUCCGCGCCAUCGGCGACGAGAUCCACGGCAAGUUCGAGAGGGCGGUGAUCCAGUGGACGCUGGACCCGGCGGAGCGGGACGCGGAGCUGGCCAACGAGGAGGCCAAGAAGUGGCAGCCGGGGGGCCGCGCGCUCGUCGAGAUCGCCUGCGCGCGCACCCCCGCGCAGCUCUUCGCCGCCAAGCAGGCCUACCACGACCGCUUCAAGCGCUCGCUCGAGGAGGACGUCGCCGCGCACGUCACCGGCGACUUCCGCAAGCUUUUGGUGCCUCUUGUAAGCGCAUACCGCUACGAUGGCCCGGAGGUGAACACAUCGUUGGCACACUCUGAAGCCAAAUUACUCAACGGAAAGAUCAACGAGAAGGCCUACAGCGAUGAUGAGGUCGUCAGGAUUCUCACCACAAGGAGCAAGGCUCAGCUACUUGCAACAUUCAACAGCUACAAUGAUCAGUUCAGUCACCCCAUCACCAAGGACCUCAAGGAAGACCCAAAGAACGAGUUCCUGUCAACCCUCAGGGCGAUCAUAAGGUGUUUCACCUGUCCUGACAGAUACUUUGAGAAGGUCGUCCGGUUGGCCCUUGGAGGCGUCGGCACAGACGAGGACACCCUUACGAGGGUCAUAACCACUCGCGCUGAGGUGGACCUGAAGGUGAUAAAGGAGGCGUACCAGAAGAGGAACAGCGUCCCGCUGGAGAAGGCUGUUUCCAAGGAAACAAGCAGAGACUAUGAAGAUAUGAUGCUUGCACUUCUGGGGGCAGAGUACUGA